ACACACACACCACACACACCACACACACACCACACACCACACACACACCGCACACCACACACACACCGCACACAUGGCGCGUCGUGUCCUGCACGUCGCGCGUCUCCUCGCCACCGCCUUCACCAUCGCCCUUUUCAUCCUCACCACCACCUCCACCACCUCCGCCGCACGCGCGCGCCCGAGAGCCCCGAAGCCGCCGGUGCCACUGAUGUGCGCCGGGCCGACGUGCAGCUGCCACGACCUGGACGUGAAGUGCGAGGGCCAGGGCCUCGACGACCUCUCCCGGCUCGGCGCACCCCCGGAGGGGCCCUUCCGCCUCUUCCUGCAGCGCAACGCGGUGCGGCGGCUGCCCGCGCUGGCGUUCGCCCGCCUGCCUGGGCUCAGCCUCCUCAACCUCGCCUCCAACGGCCUCGCGCACAUCGCCGAGGGCGCCUUCAGCGGCCUCGCCGAGCUGCGGCGCCUCCACGUGAACCGCAACGCUCUCGAGGAGCUGCGCAACGACACCCUGCUGGGCCUCAGCUCCCUCGAGUACCUGCAGGCGGACCACAACCUCCUGCGCAGGAUCGAGAGCGGCGCGUUCGCGCGCGCGCCGAAGCUCAGCGUGCUGCUGCUCAACGACAACCAGCUGGAGAGUCUCCCCGCGGGACUCCUGCAGAGCUCCGCGGCUCUCACGGCCCUGGACCUCAGGGGAAACCGCCUUAAGGCUUUACCGUUGAGCGGAAUCCUCGAUUGCCUGGGUCACCUGGCUCAAGUGCAGCUCUCCGACAACCCAUGGGACUGCUCUGCUUGCAGCCACGACUCCCCUCAUAUAUCCUCCUCAUCCUCCUCGUCAUCAUCGUCAUCUCCGGUGCUCCCCCUGUGGGACUGGCUGCAGCAGAGGCCUGAAACAGCACAGAUGGCGGCGGGCUCUUUCGACUUCCCACGGUGCUGGUGGCCUCCGUCGCUCCGCAACGCGAGCCUGCGCGACGUUCCCAGGUCCCACCUGGCUUGCCCUGUGGGCCUCCAAGCACCACAGGGCAAAUCCUCUCCCGCCGAGGGGGACGCCGACGGGCAGCAGCAGCGGCCCCAGCGGCCCCAGCGGCCCGACGCCUGCCCGGCCGCAUGCCACUGCAGCCCCUUGACCGAGGAGGAUUCCGGCGUCGCCGUCUUCUGCCGGGAGCGCGGCCUGGCCGCUGUGCCGCGGUUCUGGCCGACGCAGGCGCCCGAUGCCAGGAGGCUCGACCUGAGCUGGAACCUCAUCGAGGAGGCGUUGCCCGACGACUUCGAGGGCCUCGGCAGCCUCCUGGAGCUCGACCUGUCCCACAACCGCGUGGCGAGCCUGCGCCCCGGCACCUUCUCGCGGCUGCGCUCCCUCCGGCGCCUACAGCUGAGUGGCAACGCACUCACCAGGCUUGGGCCUGGAGUCUUCGCGGGCCUCGCCUCACUCGCGUUCCUCGACAUCGAGCGCAACGCCAUCCGGGAGGUGGGCGCCGGGGCGCUUGCUGAGCUGCCCGCUCUGCGGCAGCUGAAGCUCGCGCGCAACCUCCUGCACGAGCUGCCGCUGGCGGUGCUGCGGGGCCCGGUGGAGCUGGCGCGCCUGGACGUGCGCGGGAACCGGCUGAGCGUGCCGCCCGUGCGGGGCCUGGGCGCCGCGGUGCAGCUGGAGCUGCGCGACAACCCCUGGCACUGUGACUGCAUUGUGCGCCACGACGUCACCCGAUGGGUGACGGCGUGGAGGCAAGCGGCGCCGCAGGGAGCUCUCUCCACGAUGCCUCCCGGCGUGAGCGGCGCUCUCUGCGAGGGCCCCGCCGCCAUGGCUGGCCGGUCCCUGGCGUCCCUGCGGUCCGACGAGCCGUGCGUGGAGGCCCCCACCUCCACGACCCCUGCUCCCGCCGGACCCCACGUGGGGACCCCCCGAGCGCCCGAGACCUCCUCCUCCUCGUCGUCGUCACCUCCUCCGGCGGCCGGGCCCGAGGCCUCGCUGCCGCUGCACGUGUUCGUGGCGGGCGUGGUGGCCGUGUUCAUCGUGACGGCCGUGGGCACCGCCGGGAUCUUUGUGCUCGCAAUGCGCAGGAAGCAGCAGAAGCAGCAACGGAGUGGGGGGAAGCACCGAGAGUCCAUGGUGGGGGGCGGCUGCAGCGGCGGCAACAACGGCAACAAGGGCUCGGGAGACGCCAACAACCGUGGGCCAGGGGGGGCCAGGGGCACGCCGACGACGCCGACGGGCCGGCGCGGGGCAGGAAUUGAGGAGGCGGCCCCCUUCCAGGGCCGUGUGGUGCACAACCCCAUCUACAAGCCGCUCCUCGUCAAGGGCUACGGCGACGGAACCGCCGAUGGCCUCUACCCGGGCCUGCUGCUCAAGCACCACGAGCUGCACGGCGCCGCCCGCGCCCUCUGCCCCACGCCCCCAACGCCGUGGGCCUGGGCCGGGUCCGCUGUGGCGGUGGACGGGGGCCCGGGGGCACCGGGGGUCGUCCCGGGGUACGGCGGCGGGCCCUGCUCUGGGCCUGGGUCGGUCCCAGCGAUCACUUGGCAGAAGCUGUAGAAGGGCCGUGGGGGCGGUGGUGGUGACGGCCGCGUCUCCUCCUCCCACUGCCCUCCGCCCACCACACCUCUGGGCCCUCCGGUGUUUCUCUCCAUCAUUUAUAAUCAACGUCAAGCGUUUAGAGUAUUUGGCCACUGCUAUAAAUUUCCACGCAAUGAUAAGCCACUUCGUUAAGCCAUCAUUUUUGAUCGCCAGAUCGCUUCUAAAAAAGAGCUAGGUAGCUCAGCGGGGCCUUACCUGGUAAAAUAAAAAAAUAGUUUACAGUUUAGUACAACCUGCAGGCUGCCUGCGCUCAUCUCCUGCUGGUUUCGUGUUGGACCGGUGACGCGGUGGGCUAGCGGGUAGUGCGCAUUCUUCACUCGUCGCGUGAGGCUCGCAGUUUGAAUCUUGCAGGCCGCCCCAGGUUAUUACCGCGGGAAUAUUGAUAACAAAAUGUAAUGCGCUGUCUACUUCACUCGAGAGCGACGUCGUUCGAAACAUCUAGGCUAUUGCGUGUUGGCAUCAACGGUCCAAAAUUUAAAUUGAUUUGAAAAAUUCGCCACAUAAUCAAAUCGCCCCCUCCACUACUCCAUUUGGCUGGAAGAGCCGGAGAGUUUCCCGAGUGAUUUCAUCUUCUCGGGCUGCACCCUGAAUCCUACAUCGCAAUUCAGGCCAAGUGGAAAUAUACAAAUGACGCAGUGAGAGCUGAGCUUUUGUCAACACCCGAUGAUGCUCGUUGUAAUCUCCAAACUGUUCUUCCUCCUCCGGUUUUGCUGAAAAGACAUAAUUUGGCACAUUUCCCCAUGACAUGACAAUUUCAUUGGCUGUCACCCUGUGAUGGAAGCUUAUAGUUAAAUUUGACAUCAUACCAACAUGAUCCAACCCAAAAUAAACUACGAAUUAUAAAUAUCUGGGAAACAAUGUGUUCUCAGUUGAGCCGCAUGCUGAGAGUUUCUACUCCCGAGCCUCCACUUCCCACUGCUGCUAUUGCUGUGGGGUGCCUCGGUGGCGAGAUGUUAACUACCUCGACUGGUAGGCAGGAGGUCGUGGGUUCGAUCCCAACCCUGAUGCCUGUA